AUUUUAUUAAUAGUUUUCUUUUGAAUUAAAUUGUUAUAAAAAGAAAAUAUUAUUUCAAGUAAAUUUUUAACAAAAAAAAGAAAAAUGUGGUGAAAAUUUUGAGGUUUUAUUGAAUUGUAAACUAAAGCAGCCCUUUAAACACAAUACUUGCUCAAAAAAUAAAGCCUUCCGACUCUUAAUAUUGCCCAUCAUUGCCACUUACUCGUAUACACUUGAGCCAUCACUACUUAAUUAACAAGUACUUAAGUGUAAUUUUCAUUUAAACAUAUAAAAAAAUCUCGAAAAAAUCCUUAUAAAAAUGUCAUCAAACAUUAAGUAUUUUCAUCAUCAUCAUCUAGAGCAGGGACAACAACAACAGCAGCAGCAGCAGCAGUUGUCUCUAUUUAAUUUUACAAGAGAAAUUUCGAAUGUAACAGAAUUGGAUCCUAGCAUUUUUUGGCAUCCCACUUUGUCGGAUUAUUACCACAAUCUUACACCUUUUAUAACACUUUCCGUAUUUGUGGCAACACUUCUGUUAAUACUCAACAUUUCCAUAUUUUGUACCACGGUAUCACGCGUCAAACGGCGCGUGGAUGUCUAUUUUAGGGGACCCACCAUAGUGUUGUGCUCCCUGUAUCCUAUCAUUUGUUGUGCAGCUUUAACGACCAUUUUAUUACCGAAAACCUGGUUAAUAUGUCACACCGUCAUGCAUUUAUGCUUUACGGUGGGUGCGGUAAUGUUUCGCCAAUUAUGUUUCCGUUAUGUAGAUUCUGAGGUGAAUUAUAUGAAAGAAACUGAUGGUGCUGCGGUUGCUAUAAAUACACCACCUUGUUGUUGUUGCUGUUUAUGUUUGCCGGCCUUGGUGCCAUCGAAGGCUAAGUUUUGUUUGUUGCGUUAUAUGGUGUGGCAAAUGCCUUUUGUCCAGGGCUGUAUAAUGUUGGUAUUAAAUGUGAUCUAUUAUAGGGAACAGUCUUUGUAUCAGAGUGUUUCUUUGUAUUUUAUACCUUUUAUUGUGUGCUCUAUUUUAAUGGGUUUAUGGGGCUUAAACAUCACCGUACGUAUGGUCAAUGUCAUACAUUCCGAAUACAAUUUAAUGAAAAAAAUGUUUUGCCUGCAACUCAUUUUGCUGUUGUGUAAAUUGCAAUAUCUUUUAUUGGACAGUCAAUUGAAUCAUUUAGUUUUAGGCGGGGAAUAUCCCAUCAAUCACACCAUUUACAAACAAACAAUCAUAAAUCUUUUGAUUUUAUGCGAAAUGGUUUUGGUCUCAAUGUUAGCCCAAAAUGCCUAUAAAAUACCUACUUAAAAAAGGAACAAAUGUGGAGAACCUAACAGGGCUAUUCAGCAGAGUACAGUUGCGUUAUUAAGCAAGCGUAAUAUUUUAAGAAAUACUUAUAGUGAUUGUGAUAUAAAUUAUAUUCUAAAACAAAUUUUUAUUAAAGGAACAAGAAAAAACCUUAAAAAACGUUUUUAAUGAUUUUAUUCAGAAGAGUAAGCAAUUCAGCAGAGCUGAGUUGACUUAAAAUCAUGAAAAACUUAACAAAAUUAUCAAAACUUUCAAUUCAGCUAAAGGAUUUAAAAAAUCACUCCUACAUUUCCUUAUUUAUACACAAAACUAGGCCAAAUUAUCAAAAUUUACAAUUCAGCUUGGCUGAAUUCAAUUUAACUUCAAUUCAGCUAAAGAAUUAGAACAAAACUUUAACAAAUUAUUCAUUUUAUUAAAUAGAAUUAAAAAUUAAGACCAUUCAGCUAGCUGAAUAAAGCUAUAAUACUAAAUAAAUGUAUAAUUUUAAGUUUUUAAAGUAUUCAGCUAAUUCAGCAGACAUUUAUCAAGUCUAAAAACUUUAAACUGUAAAAAAUGAUUAAUUCAGCUAAGCAUUAUGCAAUUAAACAUCAAUUCAGCUAAAAGAUUUUAACCAAAAUAUAAAAAUUUAUUCAUUCAGCUAGCUGAAUUACAAAGUAAGUUCAUUUUCCUU